UAUUUCAAUGGGACAACCUUAUUAGUCAUUUUAAACAAACAAAAAAUAAAAAUGUAUUUGUAGAUUUAUGGCGACCUAUAAUUUAAAAAUAAAAUAAAAAUAACUAGCCCUCUCAAUAAUUUAAGGAAAACAAAAAACAUGCCAAUGGGUCAUAUAGAAGACAUAUAUAAAGCCACCAAUUUGCAAAAAAGUUUGGUCCACUUUUAUGGCUUUCUCAGCUGUAUAAACACCCCCUUGUCAUCCAACCUCCACCAUUAUCUCACCCUCUUUGAGCUCUAGAAAAAGAAAUUGACCAUGCAGCCACAUUAUGAUAGCUCAAGUCUUAACAACAUGCAACAACAAGACUACUUCCACUUAAACCAUUACUACAACAACUUAAACCCUUCCAACAACAAUCUCAAUCUUAUCCCAUACCCUCAAUUUCAAGAACUUAAACUACAAUCUCCUGCAAGCAACAACUCUACCACGUCCGAUGAAGCAACUGAAAAUAUAUUCGUCAUCAACGAGAGAAAGCAAAGACGUAUGGUAUCUAACAGAGAAUCAGCAAGAAGGUCAAGAAUGAGAAAGCAAAGACACUUAGAUGAGCUUCUCUCGCAGGUUGCUUGGCUUAGAAGUGAGAACCACCAGCUAUUGGAGAAGCUUAACCAAGCCUCGAAUAGCAAUGAUCUUGUUCUGCAAGAGAACUUGAGUCUUAAAGAGAAAAACUUGGCGCUUCAUCAAGUUAUCACAUCCAUGAAGAAGGUUAAAGGAGCAGGAGAAAGCAGAAGCAUCAGUGGCAGAUACUCUUCUUCUUCCUUGGAUCAAGAUUUCUCUUCUAUUACAGAUGGAACUCAUCAGCCAUCAUGAGUUGUUUAUUCUGAUCCAACUUUUUUAAUUCUGCCUCUAGUCGAUAUCUGUUUUCUUUGUUAUCCGUCAAAUUACGGCCCAUAUAUAUCUUUUCAGCCGUAAGCAAAAGCGGACUUUUAUGUAUCGUUUCUCUGGGCUAGACUUAGGUCUAGCACCGUAUCAAACACUAUUUUUCUACACGGUUUA